AUGGCUUUCAGAGGGACGCAGGAUGGCCCGCCGUAUGAACCUCGAUACCAGACAUUGGGUGCGAUACCCGCGGUAGUGCCUGAUGUGCCUAUCGAUGUGGUGUUCCUGGUUCUGUUCCUGGUAAUCGGCAUUGGGCAUGGCGUUGUCUUCUAUUGGAAUCUGGUCGGGAGCAAGAGGAAGUUUUUGGUCAAUGCAAUGGUUGCCGCAUGGGCCUGCGUAACAUCCAACACUCACCUCGCCAUCGCAGCUUCGAUCUUUCUAUACGCGGGAGUGGUCUUACUGUACCUGGCGAACCUCUUCUUCGCCCAACGGAUCCUCCGAGCACAACACCCGACCUUCGGCUGGCGAAAGCCCGUCUCGAUUGCAUUCACAGCAACAUUCGCUAUCACAGGCGCAGUAGUAAUCUGCCUCAUCGCGGCCGUGAUCACGAGCUCCUACACCGACAACCUCGACUCCCUCGACGCAGCCAUCCAACUCCAACGCCUCGGAGCCACAAUGCUCGCCAUCAUCGCCACCCUCCCGCUCUUCAUCGUCGGAGCCUCCAGCCUCGCCCGCCGACACCCACACAUCCUCUCCACCAAAACCUGCGACAAAUUCGGCUCUGGCUCUAUGCGAACCAAAAUCAUCAUCGUGAUGGCUACUUCCAUCUUUCUCGCACUUGGGGCCUGGUUCCGCGCCGGCGUCGUCCUCAGCAAACCCGUCCCGGCAUCCGCACCGCAGCCGGGAUAUCUGUCUAAACCAGCCUUCUACAUCUUCCUCUUCACCUUCGAGUUCGGCAUCUGCCUCUUCUGGCUCCUCGUCCGUGUCGACAAUCGCUUCUUCACGCCCGACGGAGCGCAUGGACCAUUCAGCUACGCCGGCGGUUUCGUCUUCGCAGGCGAAGCGGGCAAUGAGAAACGCCAUUCAGCCCAUCGGAACUUCAGCCGUCCGACUUCCACCAUCUCCAAGCCGACCUCCUCACGCCCUACGUCUUCCGUGCACAGCCCGCCCAUCUCCCCGCUCAGCCGCCGCUCCUCAUUCGCCGGCAGCUUAUCCUCCCGCGCCUCGCAGAAGCAGAUGAAGCUCGCCCACCUCGAGCAACGAGUCUCAUGGGGCGGAAUCAGUCGGGAAGACGUCCGGGAUCACUUGGAUGAAGAGGGGAAGGUGCUGCGGUAUCAGGCUUUUGCUGGGAGUUGGACGGGCGGGGACACGGCGGCGGAUACGGGGGUGGAGGGGAUGGAGAAGGAGAUGGGGUUUGAUCCUGAGAGCGGGCUGUGGGCUGUUAGGCCGAUUUCGGGCGUGAGGGGGGAGGGGGUGGAGAUCGGGGAGUUGGGGGAACAGUCGGAGGGUCGGUGA